CAACUUCAUCUCCUCCACUCCGCUUCCCACGCAGUCCACAAGCAGCUUACACAGGCAACAGCGCUUCUCCAAAUCUUCUCUUUAUCAUAUACCAACUUGUUAGAGCGGUUCGGCAAAACAGCUGAGUUUAUGUCAAUCGAAAACCUCAAGACCUUUGACCCCUUCGCCGAAGCUGACGAAGAUACCGGCGAUACAAAACAAUCUCAAAAUUAUAUCCACAUACGGAUACAACAGCGCAAUGGUCGUAAGACUCUGACCACUGUCCAAGGUCUCCCGAAAAAGUUCGACCAGAAAAAGAUUCUCAAGGUCAUCAAAAAGAAAUUCGCUUGCAAUGGCACCAUCGUGAAUGAUAGUGAGAUGGGCGAAGUGAUCCAGCUCCAGGGGGAUCAGCGAAAAGAUGUCCAAGAAUUCUUGACCGACAAGAAAGAAGGACUUGAGCUUGACGCCAAGACCAUCAAGGUCCACGGGUUCUAAGUCAAGGUUCGCGUUCCUCUCGUCGUCUUCCUGCCAGUCUACACUCAAGAAAGUCGGUAUGACGUACCACUUCAUGACUUUCUUGAUCGGUUUUUGAUAUGCUUUACCGAAGCCGUAGACAUGAGCUUUCUUCGAAGACAUGCCGAUUUAUCUUUCUCGCGGCUUGCCAAUAUCAAACGCCACCACGGGAGGAAAGGUCCCAUCAUGGGUUGACGACGAGUAGCGACGUCGAAUGGAUAACCCAUGAUUGCAUAGAUUGAUACUUUUAUUGUUCCUGUCUUGAAUGACGUUUCAGAUGGUAUGGUUUUUACAAACUGUUUUCUCCUAUCUGUCCGUUAUUCAGUGUGCAGGUGGUUGGGAGUAAUCGGGUUGUUCUGGAAUUGAUGUGGUUCGGGGGGGUUUAUCCUGUCAUGCUCAUCAUGCAGAUCACAUUCUUGCCUUGCCGCAUCCAUUUUUUUUCUUGCAACUGUUGAUAUGACUUAUGGCACACUCUUUAAGUACAUCAGUUAUGACCUAGCAAUCAAUGAUAUCUAAUCUGUGCUGCCUAUA